AAUUCAAGUGCACAAAAUGCAAUUCAAUAUAUGUCAGAUAUAAUUCAAUUUGACUUAUUUUAAUCGGAAACGAUUUGAUUUGACGCCAUUUAAUUGAAUGCGAUUCAAAUUGACGCGAAUCGAUCCACCAUUUGGAACACUCGAUAGUUCACACAAUUAGUUCGUUCGAUGUUCGUUUCUACUGAACGAGCACGAACGAAUGCUCUUGCUCUUGGUCCACGUUUUCGCUCGUUCAGUAAAAACGCACCUUAACAUGAUCCUUCUGCUAAUGUCAAGACCCGCGCCUUGAAAUAGUCGCCAUCUUUGCGACUGGGUCGCAUCCCUGAAUUUGGCCCGUCGUAUGUUCCGCGCAGCUUUAUGUAGUGUCAGAGAAAAAAAUCGUUGAAAGUUGAUGACGAAGACGGCAAAACGAUUCGGCUAGACCGGAUAAGCGUUCGAGCUGUGCCAAGAGUGUAGGCCAGCGCGAAAGUGAGUGGAACGCGUGGGGCUUACGUUCUCUUGGCCUCGCUACAGUACGUGAUAGAAAUUUCGGCAUUUGACAAGUGACACAUCGAAUCGUAUUUAGCUUUGUUUGCGCGGUGAUAAUUAGACUGUAGCUGGAAAUUCGUUGUCCGGCCUGUUACCGGCUCGUAUGCCAUUGUAGUGUGUGUGUUCGAACAUUUUUUUCUGUCGCGGUGUAUAAGAAAAAUGAGUUGUCAACGUAACGCUGGCAAGAUCACAGUGCCGGAUGAGCUGCGAGACAUUCUGUUGGAGUUUACAAUUAGCUAUCUGUUGGAGCAACCAGUGGAUAUCAUCGACUAUGCCGUAGGUUUUUUCACGCAACUUCGGGAAAGUCGUCAAACUCAGAUAAUUCCGGCCCCUGCGCAGACCUGCUCUUCUACGCCGGACGAGUCCGUCGAUGAAGAACCGCCGGUUGCAAGGUUCGCAACGAGAAGGAAGAGUGUGUUCGCGGAAACCUACAAUCCCGAAGAAGACGAAGAAGACGAUGGAGUCAAGAUGGUACACCCGAAGAGCGACGAGCAACGGCAGAGGCUCAGCGAGAGUGUCAAGAAUAUUCUUCUGUUUCGGGCCCUAGAUGAAGAACAAAUGGCGGACGUGUUGGAUGCAAUGUUCGAGAAAACCGUACAGCCGGGGGAAUUCAUUAUCCGACAAGGUGACGACGGUGACAAUUUCUACGUCAUCGAGAGAGGAAAAUUCGAAGUGUACGUGAAGGAUCAAUCGAACACAGAAUCAAUGAUACACACGUACGAUAAUUGUGGUGCUUUCGGCGAACUCGCGCUUCUAUACAAUAUGCCCAGGGCAGCGAGUAUCAAGGCUAUCACUCCUGGCACACUAUGGGCUAUGGAUAGACAAACUUUCCGGCGUAUUCUUCUCAAAUCCGCCUACAAGAAACGCAAGAUGUACGAGGACCUUAUCAACAAGGUCCCGAUGCUCAAGUCUCUCGAGCCAUACGAGCGCAUGAAUCUAGCGGAUGCUCUGGUACCAAAGCAGUAUACAAACGGUGAACAGAUAAUUAGACAGGGCGACACAGCCGAUGGGAUGUAUUUCGUGGAAGAUGGCGUCGUCAGGAUCACCAUACUCAGCGACCAUGGUCACGAGAUUGAGAUUAACAGAGUUCCCGCUGGUGGGUAUUUGGGCGAGUUAGCGCUCGUGACACACAAACCUCGCGCUGCUUCGGCCUACGCUGUGGGCGACGUAAAGCUGGCCUUUCUGGACGUAGAAGCAUUCGAGCGUCUGCUUGGGCCUUGUAUGGAGCUUAUGAAGCGUAACAUCGACGAUUACGAGGAUCAGCUAGUCAAGAUCUUUGGCAGCAAGGCUAACAUUACUGAUAUCCGAUGAACUGUUCGCCGACAGUGAUACGUUGCACUGCUGUACUAAAGGUACACAAACAAAUCUUUCGUACAGUAAUGUAAAAUGAGCACAAACUUGUACCACCCACUUUAUGAAUCUCAUCCGCGUGUUUUCAAACAUCAUCUCAAGUCGACUUUCGUAAUGACUGUUCACUUAGACGUGUACCAGUAUGAAUCGUCGUUAAUAGUUACCAAGUUUGUACCUAUAAUACACACACACACACUGAAGGAAAGAACAAAAAAGCAAAAAGAAAAUCCAAAAAGAAAACUGUAGGCAUCUCGACUGUUCGUGUCUGCGUCACAGUACUGAAGUGAACUUUCUUAAGACUGCAUCGGAUCAAGAAGUAUUAGCCUAUCUUGUCGUGUGCUCGAACCGUUAACAAGAUAGAAGUCUGAGUAUUAAGUAAGAUUUUCAUUGAAUCGUUUAUAAAAAAGAGCAGAGAAUGGAAAUAUCUCGGAGUGAUGCAACGUAUCAACAAACUCCUAGCACGCAGUUCUCAGAUGAUGUACCUUUUAACGCCAUUCUUUAUUCUUAUACUUGACGUCUCUUGGGAGCUGUUGUCUCAAGUUUAAGGAUCAGAUCGAUUAUGAUUAUUUCGAUAAUAUCUUCGGUGAUACCAUCGAAGAUCAAGAUACUGCUCAAGUGUCUUGCGUUACGUUUUCUUCGCCAAGUAGAAGGAGAAUUUUUAUUGAUAGCUUAUCGUCAAACUAUUAGCUUAGUUAUGAAAAUGAAAAGAAACGCUAACAUAGAAAUACACUGGUUAAAAAAAGAACUUUUCGUAAUCGGUGUAUUUCCACGUCAACAGCUAUAACGCUGAGUUAGAAAGAUUAAAAUCUAAAAAGGCAAAGAGCACAACAGGCAAGUUAGAGCAAUUACUUAGUACCUAUGAUACUGCAAUUUUUAAAACGUGGGAAACAGUAACUAUUUUCUAUGAAGAACGUAUAAGCAUUUAUGUUAAUCCUUCGGUAAGAAAGAUGUGGAAGAUUGGGGGCGGGGGUUAAAGAGAAUUUCAUCUUGAAAACUUUCGAUAUUUCCAUAUAACAGUGUCUCGGUAGAAAGUAUCUCUCUGUCUUACAUUUAACAGAACGAUUUUCCUAAUUCCCAUGUUCCUAGUUUGAUCAUUUUUUUGCUCUUUGCAUCGAUCAGAGAUAAAAAGAAGAAAGUAUUACGAGACAUGCAUCAUUCAUGUGUGGCGCACAAUACAACAAAAAUUUAUUUAAUUGUUCAUAUAAUAUAUAUAUAUAUAUAUACAUAUAUAUAUACGCGCACAAGAAAUUAUGUAACAUCAAUAUAAUAUCUGUCUGUGCGUAUAUUAUUUAUAUUUGUUAUCGCUUAUCGUCGUUUGUUACGAUUUGAAAUAGAAUGCUUGCUGUGUAGCGCACAUCGUCGUAUUUUUUAAUCGCGAAACGAUACAUUAUUUUUCUCUUUUUUUUUCUAAAUAGCAAAAAUGUUAAUCGAUAACACGCUAUAACAGUCGUAGUCGCGUCACUUGUGUAAACAGAGCUAUUUAUUUUCAAAAUUUGUGUGCCAUUAUCGCAGAAAGCAAAAAAAGAACGAAUUAAAUAAACAGCUAUCUCUUAUUGUAGACUCGAAUGCGCAACCAUAUAUUUUCAUGGUGUUCGUAUACCUGGUGUUUGUGGUUGAUCACAGGUGCUAAACGAUAAACCAACAAGUAAGAACCACGUUUUUUCUAAUUCCGUCGUAUUUUUAUCUAUCGAGAUCUUUAUACUCGCUGUAUGCUAAUUAAAAGAAAAAAACAUCAUACGACAGUGUAAAAGAGAUGGAUGAGCAUUCUGGUCUUCAACCUGUUCAUGUGUGUCUUAUUGGUGAAUCCUGUUGACGAAUAUCGACCAAAAAGAAACCUAUGAACCUAUUUUUGUUACACGUGUAUGGUACACGUUAUACAUGUAUGAUAUACGUCUGGCAUCGUGAUGAAAACGCAGUCUCAAACUAAUUUGAACGUUGUGCGAACAAGUGCGUGUUGCUAGUCACUUUUUUAACGACCAUCGCGCCCUCUUUUCGCGAAACGGUCGGAUAUGUAAUUUUUAUUAUAAAAGGAAAAAGCAGCUAUGUAUUCAUCGUGCGACUGAAACUCACUUACAUAAGUGGUAAACUUUCCAAAUAAUAUCACAAUCGCAGGAGGGAAGGAGGAAGAGACUACUAGCGUAUCGGAAACAAGGAGCAAGUCAAACAGCAAUAGGGUUUAGAAGCGACGAACGUGUUUCGCGUCGUUCAGCCAUUAACUUUAACGAAUCUUUGUUCUCGUUUCAGUUCCUUCAUAUUCAUCGAAUGUAUUUAUUAUUUAAGUUAUCGUUGCAACAACAAACGUGUUUGGAUAAUGUCGUUAAUUUUCUCGAUUGUACGUGCCAUUCUGUUCACUUGCUUUCAAGUUAAAUGAAGCUUUUAGUCCUGUUUCCUAGUCUUCCACCGUGUCUCCAGACUGUGAUAUUAUUUUUGACGGAGUACCUUAUUCCUUUCAUCUAGGUCUAUGCUCGCUGAAGAGACAUCUCCUCUCGUUGCGAUAGCUUCCAAACGAACAGAAAGAAAGAAAAAAAAGAAGUAGAAGAGAACCUAGGAAAUUAUAUCGUAGGAUUGUCUCGACCAAACUCUGACCCUUGGACGGCGGACACGUAAAUAGCGAAAAUUUCGCUUCAAUUUAAUUAGCACCUUGACGACGUAUAUGUUUCGCCGAAGUUAUUUCGAGGAUUUGUUCAUUUAUUCUUCGGAAAGUCGAUUAGUACCCCUUUCUGUGGAAUUAUUGUUUCGUCUGGAUCACGAUCGAUCCGUCUUCGUCAUUCGAGGGUUAAUUAUCAUUGAUUGUAUCGUUAAUGAAAGGUGAUUAAAGAAUUCCGAUCGCGUUAACGUGUCGAGUAGAUAGAACAAAAUGAAGUUGGGCAAUUAUCAAGAGAAACGUAUAUGUAUAUUGCACACCGAAUUGAAAAAUGUACUAAAUGUUUCAUAACUCGUGGGACAAAAUUUAGGUGUGAUCAGAAGACACAAAGACAAUGAAGGAAGAUUAUUAGUAAGAAUGAAUUAUUUAUUUGAAAUUGUUUCGAGUAGCAUUUAGCAUUGUCAGAUUAUUUAAAAUAACAAGUUCGUAUCUCUAUGCAAGCAGAUAGGUGUGCUUCCAUUAAAAAUAAUAUCGUUCACUGAUAUUUAUCCUUAACUGCUCAGAUGUUAUGAUAAAAAAGACCUGUAGGAAGUAGGCCACAUAAUCACAGGGAUCAUGUCACAGAUUCAUCUGUCCCUCUUCUUUCCCAUACCUCCAUAACAAGACAGAAUUGAUCUAUUAUUUAUACUUUUGUUCAAAAUGAUCUGUCGAACAUAUCCGUGAAAUCGAUUCACUGUAUACCAUUUGUGUCUCACACGUUAUAAAACAUGCUGUACAUUUAAACACAAGUACUUAUCUGUGCAGGGGCAACAGAUUCAAUGAAUUAAAUGUAUAAACGCUUAAGUAGAAUCGGUCCGAUUCAACUGUGCUCUGUGUGUAUCUACUAGUACGGUCUGCCUCUCUCCUAAGUGUUGCUCUUUCGUGCGUGCAUGCACGCGUGUAUGAAUGUGUACGUAUGAGACGACCGAGCCAGUUAUUUAUUAUACUUGAUUUGCAUGAACCGUUAUCCUAUUUCGUCUGAACGUUUCGUGUCGUUGUCAUUGAAGAUAAUCGAACAGUAGGUAUAACAACUCGCGAACGAAUCUCGCGUAAUUUGUAAUUGGUACACGGAUUCCUUUCUUCGAGUUGUGCUCGUUCGAAGCGGUGCCAGGUUGCUUCGAAUCGACGCAGUUCCAUAUCGUCUAGUCCAAAUCGCGUCAUCAAGACGGUUUCUUGUUUUCAACGUGCUAAGAUUAUUUUCUGAUGCAGUUACGUCAUUUCGUUAUUUCGAAUCGAUAGUAGUACUCGAUAUUUGCCUGCUCCAGGUGCUUCGCGAGCAAGGAGAUUACGAAGGCAAUUUUCCGACAGGAAACUUAUUCAGCAGGAAAGUAUUGAGACGCUACUGCAUAAAUACGGAUAACCGUUGUAAUAACUGAUCGUCGUAUAAACAUCGUGUUACACGAGUAUGAUUUUUAGUGAUUUUAAUAAUAUUCAAAAUUGUCUUUUUCCCAUAAGGUGCGUCAACGAAACCCGUCGUGUUCCUCGCGUAGUUUCUAUUUCCCAAGUGUUAAUAAUAUCGACAUCCGUUCCAGAAACAACCCAUUCUUGCACGUAUCUAAGUGUAACAGUCUCUUAGCGUUGGACCAAGUAUCUUAAAAAAAAAGCUGGAAAACGGAGCUUGCGACUAUUUUCCUAGCGCUUUUCUCUUCCCUUCUCGCGCGAGUUUUCUCUCGUUGUUUCUAAUUCUAUGGGGAAAAAUGUAAAAUGUCAUCCACCUUAAUUAGGUGACUGUACGUGUAUCAAAGCUCAUGACCGUCUGUGCCCGCGCGCGUAUGUGUGUGUAUGUGUGUAUAAAUAAUAAGUUAAAAAUGUAAACUGUAUCGUCUCAUUGUCGUCCUUGAUACACCAUCUCUGCCACCUCCGCGAUACUAUUGUCCCUAAAAAAUUUCCUACGAAGUACAGCCUUAAUGUUUGCGUUAAACUUUUAACACACUGAAAGCAAUACGAGCAAUUUAACUCGAUUGCGUAUCGACAAUCGUCCACUAUCAUCGACAAGAAAUUCUCAUGAUGACAGUUUAGUCUGUACACCGAUUUAACCAGAUUUGUUUUUAUUUCAAUGCGAUACUGUUAUGUAUUUGUGAUUUUUAUAUUUAAUGUUUUAAAUCGUUAUACUACAUGUUACGAAUUCCAUCACACAGGUGGGCAACUACGUGCAAAUUUUAUUUGGUUUUAUAAUCCGUCUCGAAUACACAAACAGGAAACAGAAAAGAAAUAACGUUGAUCGUUUAACAGCAAAUCAAUCGCUAGAAUAAAAGGAAGACUGGCUUAGAUACCCUAGUAUUUAUUUAACGAAUAAAACGAUUGUUAUUAACCCUUUGCAGUUUAACAUCAAGUCUGAGUUACGAAUACAUUACUCGAGUUAAUAACAGCAAAAUGCAAUCUCAGGAAAAUUUUGUUUGUCGGUAGCUAAUUAUGUAAUUUCUCCUUUUCCUUCCAACGUCAACAGACAUGAAAUUAAGAUUACGUUCAAAAUGCAAAGGGUUAACUCGAAAAAGAAUGUAUGUGUGAUAUCAAAGUUCGUGCUUCAUCUAUCUGUCGAGGAGAGAGAGAGAAAGAGAGAGAGCCUGCUACAAAUAAAAAUGUCACGAUAUUCGACUAUGCGCUAAAUAAAAAGAGUACAUACUUUCAUUGAUGCAAUCUAUCAUUUGGAAGUAAGGAAUUGCAAUUCGCAACGGUGAAAUAAUAGAACUUAAAUAGGAUGUUAGUGAUACGUACUACGAUAUCAAGUAUCGUUAUUAAAUGUUCCAACUGUAUCGAUCGUUGCUCGUGUAACGAGCAAUGAUCGUUACAAGAAACACAUGCACACACAUACACAUUUCUGCUCUCCCUAUUGUAUUUUUUGAUGCUCAAACCGUGAUUGUUUUGCACGUUCGAGGCGAGCCAGUGUAUAUCGCUUCCGAUGCGCGGUCCACGAGAGACGUGUACGUUUUAAGCUGGAUUUAGAUUUUAUACACGUAUACGCUUGCAUAAGAACAUCUCCAGUUACAAGAGAGAGAGAGAGAGUGAGAGAGAGAGAGACAGAGAGAGAAAGAGAGAGUGAGUGAGAGAAAAAAAGAAGAUUUAAAAAACGAGAAAGAAAGCGUUGUAAACUACAAAAAAAGAAGAGCAGAGAAAUAGUAAUUAUUAUUAACGUACUUAACGGUUUUUCGUUUCACGAUGUGUUGUAGCGUAACAGACGUGCACAUACGUAUUAUAUACAUAUAGAUAUAUUAUAUACACAGAAUUAUAUAUAUUAGAUAUGUCAAUCUACAUAUAUAUUAUAUAGAUAUAUAUGUCGAGACUCGUUUCCAGCUGGUCUGAUCGGGUAUUACUUUAACGAUUAUAAUUGCGUUAACCUGGCAGCGAUGCGAUUGCGAGUAAAACAUUUGAAAGAGGUGCGUGCAAUCACAUAGGUUAAUUAUUAUGAUAGUCGUACCGUAUCUCUAUUGUCGUGCCUCGACGAUAACUCUAGUGCAUUGCGCGGGAGAUAAAAAAAAUGUGGUAGUCCAUCGACGAUGAAAGUGAAAAAGGGAGGUACCGAUUGAUACUUCUGAUACUAUUCGAUUCAUAGAAUAUAAUAAUUGUAUAUGUGCGAUCAAGAAACUCGAGUAAGUAAGCAUCGUUUGUAAACCUAAAUAAUUAAUAUCUACCGUGAGAAUUGGCGUUAAAUGAAAACCUCGUUAAUCCGUUGCAACGUGUAAAUCCAAUCAUCGGAUAUUAAUAUCUAAGGGAAUAUAAGAUUAAUCGGAUUCUCUGCUAAUUCCUUCGUAUGUAUUGUUAUUUAUCUGAAGGGAAUCGGUUCAAUUAAGGGGCAUACGUAUACAAUACACAUACAUGAUUCGAUUCGGUAUUCCACUGAGCAUGUGUACGUGAUCUAAUAUUUGCGUUAAAUUAAUUGUUAUUUCGCAUUAUCGUUCUACGGAAACGCCAUUAUGUGAUUGUACCGAAAAGAUAACGUUUCGGAUACAUACAAGUGGAAAACCAUGGUAUGCUUCAUCCAUACUCGAUUAGACAAUGAUACGUAGCUACGUGCUUCUUCUACAAUAGGCAUGGCCAAGUGUCUCCCUACAAACUGUACGAACUCCACAAUUCCGAUGAUCUGCCACCCUCUGCCCACCCUCUCUCCCUCACCUAUAAAUCAGCUUACAAGCCGCUGCUCCAUGCAUAUUGUUUAGAAAUUUAGAGAUCUGGAAAUCUGUAACUUUCAAAAUGUCUAAGUUUCUAAUGCGAGGUAUCUCGAAACGAGAUAAGGAAGAGCAAUCGAAUGAUAUAUUUGGUGACAUUUUCUUUCUAUCGUUGUGAGCGAAUUACUCUAUAUCGAGUAUGCAUCUGACUAAGAUAAGAAGAUAGCAAAGACACGUAUGUAAAUAUGAGUGGGAAUAUUUCCUCUCCAGCUCAAUAGAGUACGAAGGGAUUUAGGAAUGAUAGUCGAAUGUAACCUGCGAUUCAUCACUUGGUCAUGCUUCUUCUACAGCAUCACUGCCGGAUUUAGUAGCGGUGUCUCCUUUUUUCUUUUUUUUUUAAUUGGACGAGCGUACCUAAUUUGACUUUGUAAAUUUGAGCACAAAAAUACUGUUCAAAUCUGUAUAUUUUUAGUUGGUCGUAUAAAUUUGUUGACAAUGAUCACAAAACAGUCACUAUCUGCUCUCGUAUACUCACUCAUUGUUCAUAAUGGUACAAGUGCGUCGGUAAAUGCAACUUUUUACCGCUAUCAUUAUGACAAAUCGUUUACUUGUCUGUUCAUUUGUUCGAGACGAGUUUGUAUUCGAGAAGCCAGAAAUAUUAGACGUAUGGUGUACUAUGAAUAGAUAGUAUAAUGAAAAUUAAUAUAUAAUAAAUGAAUGGACCUGUA